AUGGUUAAAACUAGGCAGACAAGUGAAGAUUCACUGUCUGAGAAAAUAAAUAGAUUAAAGGUUUGCAUAGCACAGACCAUUAAGUCAUCUAAUGUUCAGAGAGGAAGUGAUAUAUGUAGGAGGUUCGAUCAGCUGGAAGAAGAGCCGAACCCGGGCAUUAAAACGCCAAAGGUUAAGCCUAAAAAGCACGUUGAGUACGAGCUUCCGGACUAUACACAGUGGUUCGACAUAGAUUCCAUCAAUUAUAUCGAGGAAGAGUGCGCCGACAACAUUUUCAUCGGCUACGGACAUGACAAGGACGCUCUCCACGAAGUGUACAAAAAGGUUCGGAACAAGAUAGUGGAGCUGUACAGAGUCGAGCCCACCAGGCUCUUGACAGUAACCGACUGUAUAAGGAGACUAGGCAUGGACGCGUCAAUUGUUAUGAAGGUCCACUCCCUGCUGAAUUACUGGGGAAUCAUAAACUACCAAGCCACGAAUAACUUCGGAGAGAAAAUAUUUAAUAAGAGGCUUAACGAGCAAAUGGUUGACCUCAAGGGCAAUCAGUCCAACAUACACAAAAGGAGAGUUAAGCUGAACUUUAAUCAAAUACUCGAUAAGGACUCAACAGAAGCGAACGUGAACACGUACUACAACAGUCUCAGCUACAACGAUUCGACGAAUUAUAGCAGCUGCACGAAAAAGAGCUUCGACUUCGAUUCAAUCGAGGAUGUCGUGAGGUACUCGUCAGAGUUACACUCUGGUCACCACGGAAUGGAUGUUAACUACCCACGGUGCUCAGGAUGUAGCAACCCAUGUAAAACCUCGUACUACAUACUAGGGCCAGAUUCACUCGGAGAGGUAAACAAUUCGGUAAGGAGCCGUGGACUUUGGUGCAGCCUGUGUUACGGCAACUCAAACUAUCCGAUAACGCUGAGCAAAGACAGCUUCGUCAGAAUAGACCUGACGCCGAGACUGUCAGAGACGAUCUCGAAACUAUUUGAACAAAACAGGAACAUUAAUGUGAAGAUGCCAUGGACGACGGAAGACUUUGAACGCCUGUACGAAGCAAUAAGGAAGUACGGAACAGACUGGCAGAGCGUAGCACAGCACAUGGGCGAGGACUCGACGCCGAACGAGUGCGUGUUCCAGUUCAUUAACGCGCCCCUGGAGAAGGAGGUCACGUCUAGGCUGAAGUUGACCACAUACAUGGACCCGCCAACGACCAGUCUCCUGGGCGCACAGUUCCCCUUCUUCGACAGCCCGAAUACGAUCGUGACGCUCCUGUCGUUUUGCGCAAGUGUGGUGAGUCCAGUGGUAGCAUCCUACGCAGCCAAAGCAGCAUUCAACAUCAUACUCAAGGCAUCGGCGAAAAAUAGCAUCAAUGGGAACGGGGAAUCCACGCAAAUACAGGAGUCUUGCUCGAAUGACAAUUCGACCAACGCCAUCGAUACAGGGGAGGUCGCGGAAGGGAGCUCGGACCUGGACGAUGGAACGAGCACAGAAGGCGAAGCGCAAAACAAGGGAAGGUCCCGCAAGUUCGUCGACGGAAGCACACUUCAGCUCGCAGCAGCUGCGGCACUGGGAGCCGCAGCUGCGCGAGCAGCCGAGUUGGCGGAGAAGGAGCAGGAGAGGCUUUCGGAGGCGCUCCCGCACCUCAUAUCACUGAAGAUAAAGAGGAUUACUGAGAAACUCAACCGGUACAACGAGACUCAGGAGCAGAUGAAGUCUGAUCAGAUGCAUCUGGUAGGUUAA